AUGAGUGGGUUCUUGCUGACUAAAUAUGCUAGGUUUAAAAAGCCGGUGUAUUUUGUCGUGAUGAUUUGCUUUCUGAUAUUCUGGAUCAGAGAUGAUGGCAGCAGUUCGCCGCUGCUCGAGCACAACAGGGUGAAGCACAUGGGAAAGCAGUUAGAAAGGUCCCCAGCAUCGUUACUCAACAGAUAUUCCCGAAGCGAUGUGAAGGAGUUGGGUGGAAAAACAUCCGGAUCGACGUCCUGGAUAAGGUCUCUGUUGAGCUGGAGAGGUUGGAGAAAAGAUCCCUCCAUCGUCAUUAUAUUAGCAGCCAAUGAGGGCGGCGGAGUGCUCAAGUGGAAGAAUGAGCAAGAGUGGGCGAUUGAGAAGAUCUCAAUAAACAACAAAGUGGCUUAUGCGAAAAGACACGGGUAUGGACUAACCAUCAAAGAUCUGACGGUGGCCAAGAGAUAUUCGCAUGAGUACCGAGAAGGUUGGCAAAAAGUGGACAUUUUGAAGCAAGCAAUGAGGGAGUUUUCAACGGCAGAGUGGUUUUGGUGGCUGGAUAUGGAUACUUUGAUCAUGGAACCGGAAUUCUCGCUAGAGGAGCAUAUUUUCAACAGAUUGAACAACUUGACAGAUAGGACGCUGGAGAGUUUCAACCCAUUGAAUAUCGAAACCGAUAUUCCCUACAUAGACUACACGGAGGAGCUGAAUUUAUUGAUAACACAGGACUGCGGUGGUUUUAAUUUGGGAUCGUUUUUUAUCAAGAAUACAGAUUGGUCGCGAUUACUCCUAGAGCUGUGGUGGGAACCUGUCAUGUAUGAACAAAAGCAUAUGGUCUGGGAACACAGAGAACAGGAUGUGCUCGAGGCCUUGUACACUAAUGAGGGAUGGAUCAGGUCAAGAGUGGGGUUCUUGCCCCUCAGGUCUAUCAAUGCUUUCCCGCCCGGUGCAUGUUCCGAGUUCAGCAAUGACAAGAGGUAUUUUUACAAUGGCGAGGAGAGAGACUUUGUCGUCAACAUGGCAGGCUGCAAUUUUGGGCGAGAUUGUUGGCGAGAGAUGCAACUUUACACUUCAAAACUGGAGGAGAAAAACAGCAGAUGGUAUAACAGACUCUUCUUCUAG